AGGUAGGUCAGGCUGAGCGCAGAGUCAGAGGGUUUAUCUGACUCCUCUCUCUGUCCUCCCCCAUUCUCCCAACGCGCCACCAAGAGGUUUACCUUCUCCUGCGGCGGGACGCACAGCGCCAGGACUUUACAUCCAAUUAUUAAGUGAUCCUCUGGAUAUUUUUCUUUUUGUGCGAUAUUUAUAAAGAAGAAAGGGCAAACUGUCUUUAAGAGCGUGGAAGCAAAUAAAUGCGUGUUUAUUUGUGACUGAGUUGGAAAAGCACCUCGUUUUUAAGUGCGUAACUGGAGAGAGAAAGAAAAUAAGAAGAAGAAUGGAGCGGAUUCCAAGCGCGCAGCCUCCUCCUCCUCUUCCUCUGUCCAAGCACCAGGCUGAUCUGUCAGACAUGCAGGGGAGGGAUUUCCUUAUGUAUGACUAUAAACCCAGGCGGGGAAUGAAGAGAGGAGACGAGAGCAAGGAAACCUACAAACUGCCCCACAGGCUGAUCGAGAAGAAAAGGCGAGACAGGAUAAACGAGUGCAUCGCGCAGCUGAAGGAUUUGUUACCAGAACACCUGAAACUCACGACUCUGGGCCAUCUGGAGAAGGCGGUGGUUUUAGAGCUCACACUGAAGCAUGUGAAAGCGCUCACCUCUCUGCUGGAGCAGCAGCAGCAGCAGAUCCUCGCGCUGCAGAAUGGCAUGCAAAUUGAGCAGCCUCUCGUGAGCCAGGAGAAAUCAGAGGAGAUGUUCUGCUCUGGCUUUCACAUGUGUGCCAAGGAGAUUCUUCAGUUUCUCACCACUCACGAGACCGAUGGAGACUUCACGCCAUCGCAUGUGGUCAGUCACCUCCACAAAUUAGCUGCCGAGGUGCUGCAAGGUCCAAACCGACCCUGCACCCCUCUGAGCCCACCACGUGAGGAACCUACCUACCACCAGCACCAACCUCACAAAGAGAUGCACACCAGCUCGGCCCCGAAACCCAGCGAGGGCUACAGGAGGAACUGCGUACCUGUCAUCCAGCGGGUUUACGCUCCAGCGAGCAGUGAGCUGAGUGGCAGUGACACAGACACAGAUAGCGGUUAUGGAGGAGAGCUGGAGAAGAACGAAUCUGCAGACCUGCAGGGACGUCCAGAUUACUACGGCCAGGAGAGCCAGCUGAAGCGAGCACUGGGAGAGCGACAGAGCUCCGGCAUCAAGCAGGAGGACGGUGAGUCGCGCCAUAAACGGCCUCGCGUGGAGUCGUCCGAGGAUGAGUCGUCCUCCAGCGGUUACAGUAGUUACAUGAGCGCGUCUUCUAGCCGUCCACCCCCUCCACAUCCCCUCUGCAUGCCUUUCUACCUCAUUCCACCCUCUGCUGCAGCCUACUUGCCAAUGCUGGAGAAAUGCUGGUACCCCGGCGCCAUGCCCAUGCUCUACCCCGGUGUAGGAGGCUCCGCGCCCUCAAUAUCCAGUGAAAGACCACCUCCACCUCAGCUGGUGUUGUCUCCCAGGGGAGGCUCUCCAGCCCCAGCUGUAUCUCAGACCCCCAUGGACUCCCCGGCCCUCCUUCAGGCGUUAAAGCAGGUACCACCCCUCAACCUAGAAACCAAAGACUGAAAGAAACCGGAUGAAGACAUGAUCCCACUAUAGUACUCGAGAACAGAGACAGUAGUAGGAAGCCGAAGAAAAACUGAGCUGUUCCAUAAUCCAUCCUCAUUCCUCUCAUCUGUUCUUCAGCCUGGAGGUCAAACAGCAGAUGUGAGGACUUGGAGAAAUGAUCAAGAAGAGGUGGAGAGGGGAGCAGCGUCCGUCCACUCCAGGAGGACGCAGAGCUCGUCGUUGAAUGUUAAAUGCUCAGUGAUAUUUAAUGUAUCAUAUGAACUGGACCUGCCCUGCAAACACAAAAAAACACACACUCUCACUUGGUUGAAUGUAAAGAACAAGUUUUAGAUGCUGCUGUUAAAAGUUUAAAUGCUGACGACACUGAUGCAGUUCACCUGUCGCUGUUGCGACAGAGACAUGCCAUCCAGAGACUGUUGCACCAAAUGUUAGUAGAAAAAACACCACCCAAAGUCUGUCGCCUAUGUCCUGUCAUCGUCGUCCGGACGCUAUUAUGACAGUCGUCAUGAAAUACAUGGGGUUUCUUUGAGUGUUCAUGGACACGAGUAUGGCUACACCCGAUCCACGGGGUGAAAAAAAUGACAGUCACAUGACCACACUGAAUGAGAAGUCUUGUGUUUUUGUUAGAAACCAGACGGCUGAGAUGGAGUUUCUGUAAUUAUUGUUCAUAAGCCUCAUGUACAUUUUUGAUUCCCACCAGUCUUGCACCCUCUCCAUCAGGGGAGAUCAAAGGAGGACAGAGUGUGGACAAGUGUAUGUUGUUGUACUCAGAAACUGUGUACAUAUACUGUGUAGCACUGUGCUGGACCAGGUCUGCCUCCACAACACAUCUGUUUCUGCUCGAGUCAAACCUGGUGUUUGUUCUUGCUGUUGCCUUUUACUUGUGAAAACGCUGAUGAACGUCAGAUGUUCAUUCUCUGUACUGCGCGUGAAUACUGGAGUCAAAGGAGUGACUAGGAGAGACAUGAAUGUAAGUUUUACCAGAGGAUUAGUUUUCUAUAGAAUGAGGUACUUGAGAUUUUAUAUUUUGGGACCUACACGAAAGAUGUUUGAUGUACAUAUUUUGUCUAUUAAUGUUGAUAUACAUUAUAUAUAUGUGUAUAAUAAAGUAUUUUUUUUCCC